AUGUGUCGACUUACUCUUUUGGAUCGCCUUCUUUUGGGGCUGAACUGCAGUGUCUCCCAGAAUGAUGACGAGAUUCACGUGAAACGAUUACACAAAGAUGAGCUAAGUAUACUAACCCAGCGUAUUGAUAAAACUGGGUUUUCGGUGCAUUCACUAUCAGUUCGUAGAAAUGCUAAUAAUGAUGCAGAGUACAAUAUUGUAUUGACAUUCUCACCGAACGCUGACACAAACGUACGGCGUGUAAGAUGCGGUUCCUUAACUACACGUACUAGACUGCUUGGUUCCGGUCAUUCAUCCGACGGUUCUCGUGAAUCUGCAACAUAUUCGGGUACCAAAUCGAAGUUAAAAUCUCGCCAGUUGGCCAUACGUUCUCUUGAGAGACGAGGGUCUUCCCGGAAACGAUUUCUCCAGAAUAACGUGGAUCAUUCUCAUCGGCGUGCAGGUUCUGUUCAUUCGAUUGGUUCAGGUUAUCACAGCGACACUGAUGUGUUUUGUAAGAAGCUGCAUCAUACAAAACUCAGACGCGCUUAUUCAGAUACCGAUUUGGUGGGCCUGCAGCAGAAUGCUAAUGAAUCGGGUAUUUCAAUAGGUCAACGACCUGUUGAAUCCCUGUCGAAUCAAAUAAAUAUUCCGACUUUAAAUUCUGAGGUCAAUACGGAAAGGCAUUCUCCCGUGAUUGCAAGUGGACCCCUCCCACCUAAUAAGGAAUGGCUUCGUUCGUCUACGUUGGAUCGAGUGCCUUCAUGCGCCAGUGAGCGUCAUUAUCCUUCGGAUCCGGUUGCACAAAAACGUGUGUUGGGAAUGCCCCGAGCGGUUUUGGAACGUCAAUCGUAUGAUGAGGUCCAUCCUAUGACCGCUACUUCCACUGCUCACGGGAUUUCAAAGCGUGCGCUUGGUUUAGACACUCAUAAUUCGAACCAUAUGGCGCCGUUCCGCAGACAUAGUCCACGCAAAGUGAUUCGUAAGGUAUACACAGCGAGUGCGAAUACAAGCUCUGCCUUGAAUUCUCUGACCACAGCAAGCAGUACCACGAACGUAAGCAGCUCUACGGCGUCGACUAUCCUCUUUGAGGAAGCGACAUCGAAUCUAUCCGUUUGCCCACCGACCUCAGUCGCGGGGUUUUCAUUUCAGUAUCGUCGCUUUCCGACACCAGUCAUGCCGGUAGCGGUGGUACCACCAUCAACGAAACUUGUGGAUCAUUCUGUCAGCGUAACUCCAACUGCGCCUACUUCGGCCUCGUUAUUCAAUGAUAGUCGUCUCUCAGGGGUUUUCCGAUUCAGACCAGUAUCCAGCAUUCCUAUGGGGCCCGUGGCCACUAAAACUCCGGAAAGAACGCAUCUAACCGAAUUGUCGGCGGUUUCCUCCAUGGAUGUUAAGCGUUCUAAUACAAAUCCACCCUUUUCUGUGAUGGACGAUGUUAAUGUGCCUACUGUGGAUGAAAAAAUGGAUUCUCCAAAGGUGACCGAUGAACAGACUCCGAAAUCUCCCAUGAACGUGGUAUCCUCAGAGCAGACAACAGCUGAUUUGUCCGGUUUAAAAUCUACUGAGGAGAUUGUCUCAACAUCUAAAGCUAUCAAUCCAUCUGCUCAUGAACCAGCUUGUUCGGUUUCACCGGAUGUGAACCCUGAAUUGGCGAACAGCGAAAAUGAACUACCUCCCGAUUGGGAUGGUUCAUACACCCCGGCUACGUCGAUGAGCGCUAGUCAACUUCUAAAAUUAAAGCGUUUGCAUGACGAGGCCGGGCGAGUGGUGGCCGCUCCGAACGAAUCCCGAACCCCACAAUCGGGUUUGUAUUCUCCCCGUCCCGGUCGUGUCCAAUCUCCUCAAGCUCUGCCUCUGCAGGGAAAACAAACUCAGUCAAUCCACACAGAAACCGGCGAUACCACGAGACUUGCAAAGCCCUCUCAAUUCGAAUCCAGUGCAUAUGAAUUCACACCACCACCACCACAACAACAGCAGCCAAAACAAAAGCAGCAGCAACAAACCUCAUACCAGCAGCAACCAUUCUCUUCACAACAGUCCCAGCAACAGCAGCCCCAGCGCACAACCCUUACAAACCGCCACCAAUUUGGCUCUGACAUUUGCUCAGCCGUCCCGCCUAUUGUAGUCCACGAACCGGCUGCAAUGGAUGUGACCGUAGAUGCGGAUGAAUUCGAGUUGAAGUCCGUAGAUCAGUCUGUAGGAUUAACAGAUGCAGAGCAGAUUCCAGCCGACCCAAAUGUCUCAUUUCACCCAGGGACUGUUGCACCCAUUGCCCAGACGAUUGCUAGUGCGCCAUCGAACUCUGUGUUACGACCGUCUGUNGACUCCCUUGGCCCAUUGUUCGUCCAUCCGCACUAUCCGUCCCAAUGA